UGUGCCUCAUGCCCGGAAGUGCAGAUGCGGAUACCGGAAGUCCUGUGUGCGGAGGUUCCGUGUUUUCUGGGCUACUACGAUGGCGAUGAGUUUCGAGUGGCCGUGGCAGUACCGCUUCCCGCCCUUCUUUACGUUACAGCCGAACGUGGACACUCGGCAGAAGCAACUGGCUGCUUGGUGCUCGCUGGUCCUGUCUUUCUGCCGCCUGCACAAACAGUCCAGCAUGACGGUGAUGGAAGCGCAGGAGAGUCCACUCUUCAACAACGUCAAGCUACAGCGGAAACUUCCUGUGGAAUCAAUUCAGAUUGUGUUAGAGGAACUAAGGAAGAAAGGGAAUCUCGAGUGGUUGGAUAAGAACAAGUCUAGCUUCCUGAUCAUGUGGCGGAGGCCAGAAGAAUGGGGGAAACUCAUUUAUCAGUGGGUUUCCAGGAGUGGCCAAAAUAACUCUGUAUUUACCCUGUAUGAACUGACCAAUGGGGAAGACACAGAGAAUGAGGUUCCUGGAUGCAUCGGCAGAGUUUACUACUCUUGGCUGUUCCACUGCCCUGCAGGCCUCUGCUUGCUACUCCCACCAUCACCCCAUGACUUCAGUGCUGUAGCCUGGCCCAGUCCAUCAUUCAGGCUGGGCAAAGCUGGAGCCUUCUUCUGAAUGCAGUCUCCCUGACUUGAGCUGGACCCAUGCAGGAGAGUUCCAUGGUCUGGAUGAGGCAACCCUACUUCGGGCUCUGCAGGCUCUACAGCAGGAGCACAAGGCUGAGAUCAUCACCGUCAGCGAUGGCCGUGGUGUCAAGUUCUUCUAGAAGAGACUUGUCUCUCUUUACUUCUUACCUCCCACCCUUCUAGGGCUUUCAAAAAAAGACAGACUUAGUAUCCCCACAGACUGGAUCUGUGACUCCACUAGAUUUAAAAGGGCUCUAGUCCUGAAGGCUGAGCCCCAGGGAUGAGUAUCCUGUUACCCCAUAUGUCUGUCCCUGGGAUGGGUGAGUCCAAGGUGCCAAGGAGAAAAGAUAUGCUUCUUUGUGCCCUACCUCCUCUCCCAUCCUAGACUGUCCCUGAGCCAGGGUCUGUAAACUGACACUUUACAUGUGUCCACACAAGUAAGUACAUAUACAUAUGCACCUGCACAAGUUUCUGUCUCCACCUUCCCACCAUUUGCUGCUGUUGCCUCCUUUCUCAGGCUGAUGCUUGGUCCUUCCUAGGGAAUGAGAAGCCCUGGCUGCAGGCAGCCUUCCAGGCAAUAUGAAGAUAGGAGGCUCCAGAAGGGACCUGGCCAUGAGAGGCAGGUCUGACCCUGAUUUAUGAUAUUAAAAUCUUAAAUCUUA